UUCAGUCGGUAAUCUGUCAGACUGGAGAUCCAGGCUCACACGCUGCUGGGCUCCACACUCUUCCGGAUUACUCUCUCCUUUGAUGGGUGAACGGCAGAGUGCCUGUACUUCUGCCACCAAGGUCGCCUAGGUUUAGCUGGACGCAGAGUGAACGCUGAAGAGGACCCUCUGAUGUGAUUUCAACUUGGCACUUGUGAUCGAGGACGGACAUACUGCCCAAUGUUGCCCCAGUAGAUAUGCGGUCACUAUGCUGCUGAGAGAAGAAUGACAUUUGUUUCAUUUUAAUUCCUGGAGCUGCCUCGAACAGUUGAGCUUUGAUUUAAAAAAAAAGCUGCUGCUGCUCUGAGCCAAAGUGGUCUAUAUCUCGGCCUAUUUCUUUGCACCGCCGCAGCCUAGAGGGCAAACUGUUAUGGCACCGGAGGCCAACUGAUCAGAAGGGGACUCAGGCUGAACUGGAGGAUUAGACUGUUCUGUGGGAGUGGGGACUCGAUCCAGAAAGCAGGCCCACAGUGACACAAAUCAUGCUACAGGGACACUAGACUCCCUGUUCGAGCCCCUUCUGUGUGGCGUUUGUUUUUUUCCAUUUUCCUGCAGUUUCAUUGGUUUGGAUGUUUGAACACAAGGGCUACUUUGAAGGAGCCCACCGGUGGCUGUGGUUCGGCCAAAGCUGACACACUGCCUGCCAGCUAUUGCUGAUUUAGUACCCUUGUCCACUGCUGCUGCUGCUGCUGUAGCCCCCUUCGUUGUGGUCUCCAGUAUGGUGAGUGGAGGCCAGAGGCAUCGCAGGAGUGGAACUGAACCAUUAACACUGGCGUAGCUGGUUACCUUUACAUUUUUCUUCCUGCUCUGUGAAGGAUUGCAUUCCAGUUUUCAAGGACUUUUUAUUUUCUUCUCUGUGCUGGAAAAAACACAGUAAAGGUCUUUUUUAUUUUAUUUAAACUCUGCACCAGAGGAGGAUGAAGUUGAGGAAACAGGUGACAGUGUGUGGAGGGGCCAUAUUCUGUGUGGCUGUAUUCUCACUGUAUCUGAUGUUGGAUCGAGUCCAACAUGACCCUGCAAGGAGACAGAAUGGCGGUAACUUUCCCCGGAGCCAAAUCUCAGUUCUGCAAAACCGAAUAGAGCAGCUGGAGCAGCUCCUGGAGGAAAACCACCAAAUCAUCAGCCACAUAAAGGACUCUGUGAUGGAGCUCACAGACACAGGGGCUGUGUCUCCCAGCGGCCACCUGCCAUUUAGAAGUGCCAAUGGUUCCUGGGUCCUACCCUUCGACGGCCGUCCCACUUUCCUAGCUGUCAAGCCCCAGGAUUGCCAACCGGCUUUAGGCAGCCACGGUCAAGCAGACGUUCAGAUGCUGGAUGUGUACUCCAUCCUCAAGUUUGACAACCCUGAUGGCGGCGUAUGGAAACAGGGCUUUGACAUUACUUAUGAACCUGAUGAGUGGGACAAUGAACAGCUGCAAGUGUUUGUUGUCCCGCACUCCCACAAUGAUCCAGGUUGGAUCAAGACUUUUGACAAGUACUUCACAGACCAGACGCAGCAUAUUUUGAACAACAUGGUGGUGAAGUUGGCUGAGGAUCCUCGCAGGAAGUUCAUCUGGUCUGAGAUUUCAUUCUUCUCCAAGUGGUGGGAGAGCGCAGACAUGCACAAGCAGGAGGCUAUGCGCAAACUGAUCCUUGGAGGGCAGCUGGAGAUUGUCACAGGAGGCUGGGUCAUGACAGAUGAAGCCAACGUUCACUACUUUGCCAUGAUAGACCAGCUCAUUGAAGGGCAUCAGUGGCUGGAAAGAAAUCUCGGUAUCACUCCUCGCAGCGGGUGGGCGGUCGACCCCUUUGGUCACAGUGCUACCAUGUCCUAUCUGCUGAAGAGGGCCAAUGUGACCAGCAUGCUCAUCCAGCGGGUCCACUAUUCCAUCAAAAAACACUUUGCCUCCACGCGCAGCUUGGAGUUUAUGUGGAGGCAGGCCUGGGACACUGGAUCAAACACGGAUAUAUUUUGCCACAUGAUGCCAUUCUACAGCUACGACGUGCCUCACACCUGCGGGCCAGACCCGAAGAUCUGCUGCCAAUUUGAUUUCAAGAGGUUACCAGGUGGCCGAAUAAACUGUCCCUGGAAAGUGCCACCAAAAGCUGUGGUGGAUGCCAAUGUAGAAGAGAGGGCAAACCUGCUCCUGGAUCAGUACCGUAAAAAGUCCAAACUCUACCGCAGCAAGGUGCUUCUUGUCCCUCUGGGAGAUGACUUCCGCUAUGACAAGGCGCUGGAGUGGGAUCAGCAGUACCUCAACUACCAGAAGCUAUUCGACUACAUGAAUUCUCACCCGGAGAUGCACGUACAAGCUCAGUUUGGGACUCUCACAGACUACUUCAACGCUGUUUACAAAGCACAUGGAGUGGCCCAGGGGUCCAGACCAGCAGACUUCCCGGUGCUAAGUGGAGAUUUCUUUGCAUAUGCAGACCGAGAAGACCACUACUGGACUGGCUAUUUCACCUCUCGGCCCUUUUACAAGAGUCUGGACCGUGUGAUAGAGUCACAUCUCAGGGGGGCAGAGAUCCUCUACAGCUUGGCGGUUGCAAACGCUCGGAAUGUGGGCAUGGAAGGGCGCUACCCGGUCUCAGAUUAUGCCCUGCUAGUCGAUGCCCGGCAGUCUGUUGGCCUCUUCCAACAUCACGAUGCAAUCACUGGCACCGCGAAGGAGAAUGUUGUCACGGACUACGGCACCAGAUUACUGCGUUCACUCAUUGGUCUGAAGAGAGUAAUCAUCAAUGCUGCUCAUUUCCUGGUGAUGAAAAACAAGGAGUUUUAUCGGUUUUACCAGACGGAGCCCUUCCUGGAGACAGAUGACAGGCGUGCAACUCAAGACUCUCUGCCUCAGAGCACUUUAAUCGAGCUGGAUCCAGCAGGACCGAGGUACCUGGUUCUGUUCAACCCCAUCGAGCAGGAGCGCCUGUGUGCGGUGACUGUGCUGGUCAACACGGUCAGGGUGCGGGUUCUUACUGAGGAUGGACAGACCCUUCCUGUGCAGCUGAGUGCUCAGUGGAGCACUGCUACUCAAAUGAGUGCAGAGGUUUUUGAGGCAACAUUCAUGGUCCGUCUUCCCCCGCUGGGCCUGGCUGUGUUUCAUCUUUACGACUCUCCUGACUCGCCCAUGACGCUCCGCUCUGAAACCCUGUUCAGGCUGUCUGGUCGCGGUGUCACUGCUCGAGGCGCGGACCCACUUCCUGUCCGCUCUCAGCAGUCCGACCCUCAGACCUUCUACAUCAGCAGCCAGUCUCUCACUCUGGGCUUCUCCGGAACCACUGGCCUUCUGGAGAGUAUCAAGCGAAAGGAUGAUCCUCAGGAAGUGAAGGUUCAGAUGCAGUUCAUUGUCUACGGCACACGUCCCUCUAAAGACAAAAGUGGAGCUUAUCUCUUCCUGCCUGAUGGAAAAGCAAAGCCCUACAACCAGAAAGAGCCACCUGUGGUGCGUGUCGUGGAGGGGCCUCUCUUCUCAGAGGUGGUGGCACACUACCAGCAUUUCCAGCAGACCAUUCGCAUACACAAUGUGCCAGGGGUAGAUGGGUUGUCAAUAGACAUCACCACCAUGGUGGAUAUCAGAGAUCAGACCAAUAAGGAGCUGGCAAUGCGACUGGUUACUGACAUCCAGAGUGGAGACGUCUUUUACACAGAUCUCAAUGGCUUCCAGAUGCAGCCUCGCCGCCACCACCUAAAGCUUCCCCUGCAGGCCAACUUUUAUCCCAUGCCCAGCCAGGCGUACAUCCAGGACAGCCAUCACCGCCUCACGCUUCACACAGCUCAGUCCCUGGGUGUCACCAGCCUGGAGAGUGGCCAGCUUGAAGUGAUUAUGGACCGACGGCUGAUGCAGGAUGAUAAUCGUGGGCUGGGUCAAGGUCUGAAGGACAACAAGAAGACAACCAACCGCUUUCGACUGCUGCUGGAGAGGAGAUCCACGGGCAACAAGAUGAUGGACAGUGCAACAACCAGCUUCCCGUCUAUACUCAGUCACAUGACCAACUCCUUCCUGAACCACAAGGUCCUGGCGUUACCCGUCCUGCCCAAAAGACGUGGCAUCCCUCCCUUGCAAACUUUCGCCCCUCUCAAGUCCAUCCUCCCCUGUGACUUCCACCUGCUGAACCUGCGCAGCAUCCAGAGCCAGCAGGACCCCCACUCUCCAUCUCCUUACACAGCCUUGAUUCUUCACCGUCUGGCGCUGGACUGUGGCCUGGACGCUCCAAACCUAGGCUUCAACUGCACCACCACACAAGGACAGCUGAGCGUAUCGGGACUGUUCAAGAACCUGGACCUGCAGCUGCUCCAGCCCAUGUCCCUGACCCUGAUGCACUCUAGCACGCCUCUCGCCAACGACUCCGCCAUCAGCCUGGAUCCCAUGGAGAUCUCCGCCUUCAAGCUCAAACUGCGCUAAGCGCUGUCGGGAUUAAAAGAGGCAAUGAAAACCCGCCUCCUUGGACCAAGAACCAGGCCCACGCCGGCCACAGACUGGCAACAAAGGGGGUCUGGGUCCCUCUGUUUUGUCAAGCAGAACCAUAAACACUACAGCUCGGAGAAUCAGCUUCCACUGUAACAGGACUGACUGCACAGCAGGGGGCAGGCGAUAGCUGUUACUGUGGACGUCUCCGAGAGCAGCAAAACCCGGUUAACCUCGCAGCUGUUCCAAAACAAGAAAGACUGCCACAAUUGCUCAUCAGAUACAACCGGGUUCUGCUUUGUAAGACUUUGUGUCUUUUUCUAUCUUUGCUCCAUCCUGGACUGAACUUCUGAAUGUAAAUAUCCCAAAAGAUGGGAAGGAGGGAGGGGGGGGCUGGGACUUGUGCCACAUCAGAGUGCAAUUUUUACAAAGCUUUAUUUGGUGAAUGGGUUUGUUUAUUUUAUGUAUGCAAUUAGGAAGACACAUCGCAGCGAUUUUGUUUUUAUACUUUUUUUUUGACAGACUCGAAUGCAGCAAAGAGAAUGUGUGGUCUCUUCUCAGCUCGCGAGGAGACCCAUGCUGCAGCUCUUGAAGCUCUUUAUCGUAUGUCUGAGCCCAAGAGUCCCACGUCGGUCACUAUUGAUCAAUAAUCAUAUCGGAUGACUUUUACCUUCUGUUCGCUGGAUAUGCUUGUAGAUAGUCGGAAGACUUUCUUUCCUUCACUUCUUUUUCCCUCUCUGAGCUUCCUCUUUGCUGAUGAGAAAACUGUGCAUUUCAAAGCUGUCUGUCUGUCUGUCUGUCAUUCCUGUGCUCGUACUGCACUGCGGCGAGGCUGGUUUGGGUACCAUACUGUAUGCAGUAGAGGACUAUACAAAGACUUUACCUCAUAACCAUAAGGCAGAUAUGUCCGUAUGUAUGCGUCUGUUCAGUGUGUUGAUGUGAAUAUUUGAGGAUUUAUUUUUAUGGAGGUGUAUUGGGGUUACAGUGCACACUAUCAGGGACCAUUCUUAGUACUGUUGGCUGUCUAUGUUGAGCUGUUGGUCAUUAUCAUUGCAGCACAAUGGGAGCUUCCCAUUGGAGAUGAAGAAAAAUGAAAAGGGUUAGUUCAACCAAAUUUAAAAAAAGAUCUUGCCAUGCAGAUAGAUUUAGUUUGGAUUUAUCCGUCCAGAGCUGCCACUAAUGAUUGUUUUUAUUAAGCCAAAUCUAUAAAUUGGCAGGAUUAUGUUUUUUAAUUACUUGUUUUGUACAAAAUACUAUCCAAAAUCUGGUGAUAUUAAAGAUUUUUGCAGCAAUAGUCUGUGUGAAAACUGUAGGUAGGCACUGUUUAUGGGAGGAGAUGUUGCGGUUGUAUUUUUUUCUUGCAUUUUGUAAUUGUUUUCAGCAAUAUGAGUAAAAUUCCAUUCACCUUUUGGAGAGAUUUCACAAAACAUCAAACCAAAACUAUCUGUAUGCCAAGAUACCACUAAGUGAUCAAUGACUAAAAUUUAGGAGGGAAAAUAAGAUUAUUUUUUUUAUAAUUUGGGUAAACUGACCCUUUUUUAAAAAAAAUAAUUCCUAUCAAAUCAUACACAUGGAUCCUCAAUGAGCUGCAGUUUGUUUUUAUACGUUCAGCUCCACAGUGCUUUUUAAUUCGAGGCUGUUUUGAGGCACUCAGCCUUUUUUUUCUGGUGCACAUCUGCCUCUGCAGCGGCCGUGGAGGAUGUUGUCAUCCGUGUCCAAAGCUGAGGCCGGACAUCUCACAGCCCACCUGUGAACCACUUUGUACUGAGCCAACAUCUCCCCCCCCCGGCCCCACUGCGCCCCAUCACUCCAACUGGUCCUCUUCAUUUUUCCAAGGGAGUUCUGCUGUUUUGUUGCCCUCCUCGUCUGGCCUGAUAACCAGUAGCUCGAUAUAUAUUCUGCUUUCUCUCUCCUCUGUGAGCACUGCAGAUUCCCUCUCUCCCUCCUCUAGUGGCUGUUAACGUUUUUUCUAAGACCACAUUUCACUGCAUCUCGAAUUGCACUUUCUCCUGUCGUCUAACGUCGUCAUGAGCUUCUCUUCUUCUGUUUCUGUGUGCGUCUGAGUCUCUGUAAAAUGUGUCUUUUUUUUUAGUUUAUGAUGUCUGUUGUAGCGCAGUUUUGUUUUUUUGUUUGAGCAGAGAUAAUUUAUGAAGGCGAGGUCUCGUCUGUAUUUGAUUAUUCAUGAUGGAUUUACGCUGCAGUAGAACAGAGGACGUGGGGAUUGAAUAAAGAUCUAAAUACAAA